UGGCGGUGCCUGGGCACCCUCUGUUUGCCAUCAGGAGCUGCGAGCCUGAGGGCUGAGCACUGACAGCACAUCUCCUCCUCCUGCAGCGAGUGCCCAGCUCCCAUCCUGCAGCAACGAUGAAGCUCCUGCCGCUCGCUGCACUCCUCCUGCUUGUCCUGACAGCGCUGGAAGCCAGACCAAAGCCUGCAGCCGUGAAGUGCAGGACGGGUCCCCUGGACAUCGUCUUUGUGAUCGACAGCUCCCGCAGCGUGCGUCCCUUCGAGUUCGAGACCAUGCGGCGCUUCAUGAUCGACAUCAUCGGCAACCUGGACGUGGGCCCCAACGCCACGCGGGUGGGGGUGAUCCAGUACUCCAGCCAGGUGCAGAACAUCUUCUCCCUCAAGACCUUCUUCACGCGGGCGGAGAUGGAGAGAGCCAUCAACAGCAUCGUGCCGCUGGCCCAGGGCACCAUGACGGGGUUGGCCAUCCAGUACGCCAUGAACGUGGCCUUCACCGCGCAGGAGGGCGCGCGCCCGCCCCACAAGAAAAUCCCCCGCAUCGCCAUCAUCGUGACGGAUGGACGGCCCCAGGACCGCGUCUCCGAGGUGGCCGCCCAGGCACGGAACGCCGGCAUCGAGAUCUACGCCGUGGGCAUCCAGCGGGCAGACAUGAACUCGCUGCGGGCCAUGGCCUCGCCGCCGCUGGAGGAGCACGUCUUCCUGGUGGAGUCCUUCGAGCUGAUCCAGCAGUUCGGGAAGCAGUUCCAGGACAAGCUGUGCGGGGUGGACAUGUGCAUGGAGCGGGACCACGGAUGCCAGCACAGCUGCGUGAGCACGCCCGGCUCCUUCUACUGUGAAUGCCACCCUGGCUACCAGCUCAACGUGGAUGGAAAGACCUGUUCCCCCAUCGACGCGUGUGCUGAUGGCAGGCACGGCUGCGAGCACCACUGCAUCAGCGCCCGUGGGACGUACUCAUGCCGCUGCCGCGCAGGAUACUACCUCAACCAGGACAAGAGGACCUGCACAAUGAUCGAUUACUGCAGCUUCGGCAACCACAGCUGCCAGCACGACUGCGUGAGCAUCCCCGCCGGGCACCGCUGCCGCUGCCGCGAUGGUUUCAUGCUGCAGCACGACGGCAAGUCCUGCCGUGCCAUUGACCUCUGCAAUGGGGUGGAUCACGGCUGCGAGUUCAAGUGUGUGAGCAGUGAGGGCUCGUUCCAUUGCGUGUGCCCCGAGGGCCAGCAGCUCCAGGCGGAUGGGAAGACGUGCAGCAAGUGUGGGGCCGGGCACGUCGACCUGGUGAUGGUGAUCGAUGGCUCCAAGAGUGUCCGGCCCCAGAACUUUGAGCUGGUGAAGCAGUUUGUGAACCGCAUUGUGGAUCUAUUGGAAGUGUCCCCUGACGGCACACGCGUGGGGCUGGUGCAGUACUCCAGCCGCGUCCGCACUGAGUUCCCCCUCAACAAGUACCAUAGUGCAGAAGAGAUCAAGGCGGCAGUGAUGAAGAUGGAGUACAUGGAGAAGGGCACCAUGACGGGCCUGGCCCUCAAGCACAUGGUAGAGCACAGCUUUUCUGAACUGGAAGGGGCCAGGCCACUCUCCCACAAUGUGCCCAGGAUCGGGCUUGUCUUCACGGAUGGACGCUCCCAGGAUGACAUCUCAGAGUGGGCACAGAGAGCCAAAAAGUCAGGUAUCAUCAUGUUCGCUGUGGGUGUUGGCAAGGCGGUGGAAGAGGAGCUGAAGGCCAUCGCCUCUGAGCCGGUGGAGCAGCACUUCUCCUACUCGGCGGACUUUACCACCAUGACCCACCUCGUGGAGAACUUCAAGCUGAACAUCUGCCCAGAGGAGGGCAGAGGGGAGACGGAGAUCCGCAGCCCGUGUGAGUGUGAGGCGCUGGUGCAGUUCCAGACGAACACCGUGGCCAUCCUGCAGAGCCUGACCGAGAGAAUUGCUCAGAUGACGGUCAGACUGGAAGCACUGGAGAAGCAGAUUGCCCUCAAGAAGUGAUCCUCCCAGCAGGUCACAGGGCUCAGAGGGGACCUACAGUAGCUACGUGGCAUUGUUAUUGAUAGAUUAUGUAAAGCAACGUUGCUUGUUCUUGUAUCACAA